CUCCCAGAGUCCCUGCGUCACCAUCUGUGGAGUGAAGCGCGUAGUGUUUCGGGAGCAGCUCAGAAGGCUGGGGCCUAGUAAGCUUCCCCCGUAAUGCCACUGCACGCGACCGCCGUAUCCACACCCCCCUCAACACAAAGAGGUACUCAUCGUCGUCGCCCAGCAUCCACGCUUUUGUAGAGGGAUAUGCGGUGCAUCACACGUCCCAAUAAAUACAUACCUACAUAGGUACAUAGGUACCAAGGUAUCGACCACUGUAUACAGUGCAUGUCAUAUGUAUGUACCCAAGGUACUUGCCUAUCUCGAGCGUGGUUGCCAUCGCCUCGAGUGUUCCUGCCUGGCUGCGCCAUCCCGUGGCCAUAUGAUGCGUCAUUCGGCCUUGGCCCGUGCAUCGCAGCUUCCCCAGGCUAUAGAUAAGCUCUUGCCCCAACAACCAUACUCUUCUCUCUCCAUCUGUCCUUGACACUUCGUCAAAGACUCUUCCAAACCAUCUUCCCAUCUCUAUCAAUUCAUCUUUCCUCCUUUUCUCUUUGUUACCACAGCUCGCCGUGCGAGUCCAAGCCGUUCAUCCAUCCAUCCAUCAUGAGGUACUCAGCCCUCUCUCUGCUGCCUGCUCUCGCAGCUGCCUCGCCUGUUCUCCAGGUGGGCACCAUCCACAACGAUGCCGCUCCGGUGCUGUCAUCAGUACAUGCCGAAGAGGUGCCCAACUCGUACAUGAUCGUCUUCAAGAAGCACGUCAAGGACACCCACGCAAAGGAGCACCAUGCCUGGGUUCAGAGCGUCCACUCCAAGAGCAACGACGAGCGAAUGGAGCUUCGCAAGAGAUCGCAGUUCCCGUUGACCACCGAGGUCUUUGACGGACUCAAACACACCUACAACAUGGCCGGCCGCCUGAUGGGCUACUCGGGCCACUUCGACGACGAGACGCUGGAGCAGAUCCGCAGACAUCCCGAUGUCGACUACAUCGAGAAGGAUUCCAUCGUUCACACCAUGGGCGACAAGGAUGACUACGAAACCGAGAAGAACGCUCCUUGGGGUCUCGCCCGUAUUUCCCACCGCGAUUCGCUCAGCUUUGGUACCUGGAACAAGUACCUAUACUCUGGUGAUGGCGGCGAGGGUGUCGAUGUCUACGUCGUCGACACCGGCACAAACUACAAGCACGUCGACUUUGAGGGUCGCGCCCACUGGGGCAAGACCAUUCCCAGCGGCGAUGCCGACGAGGAUGGUAACGGUCACGGCACUCACUGCUCUGGUACUGUCGCCGGAAAGAAGUACGGUGUUGCCAAGAAGGCCAGCGUUUACGCUGUCAAGGUUCUCCGCUCCAACGGUUCCGGCACCAUGUCCGAUGUCGUCAAGGGUGUUGAGUACGCUGCUCAAGCUCACGAGGCCGAGGUCAAGAAGGCCAAGGAUGGCAAGCGUAAGGGUUUCAAGGGCAGCGCUGCCAACAUGAGCUUGGGUGGUGGCAAGUCCACCACUCUGGAUCUCGCUGUGAACGCCGCUGUCGACGCUGGUAUCCACUUCGCCGUGGCUGCCGGUAACGACAAUGCCGACUCCUGCAACUACUCUCCCGCUGCCGCCGAGAACGCCGUCACUGUCGGUGCCUCGACUCUUCUCGAUGAGCGUGCCUAUUUCUCCAACUACGGAAAGUGCAACGACAUCUUUGCUCCCGGUCUCAACAUUCUCUCCACCUGGAUCGGCUCUGAGCACGCCACCAACACCAUUUCCGGUACUUCCAUGGCCUCUCCCCACAUUGCUGGUCUUUUGGCCUACAUGCUGUCUCUCCAACCUGCCAAGGACUCAGCCUACGCUGUCGCCGACAUCACCCCCAAGAAGCUCAAGGCCAACCUCAUCUCCAUCGCCACCGUCGGUGCCCUCUCUGAUGUUCCCAGUAACACCAAGAACAUCCUCGCAUGGAACGGUGGGGGCUCCUCCAACUACUCCGACAUCGUCGACAAGGGCAGCUACACUGCCAAGAACGAGGGGUCUAAGACCAUCACCAUCCCCUCUGUCUCUGACAUCGAGGAGGGUAUCGAGGCUGAGUACCAGAAGGCCAAGUCUGCCGCUAGCCGCACAGGCGGUCAUCUUCAGGACAAGCUUGAUCAGUUGAGCAACAAGAUCGAGGACUUUGUCGCCGAGGAGAUGGAGAGCUUCUUUGAAGAGUUCAAAGACCGCGUUGCCCGCGAGUAAGUUAUUGGAGACGGAUACUUGCAUAUUGACUGGGUCAUGCAUACUAUAGGAAUGUUCCAUAGUAUGUCAUUAUAUGUAUGGGCUGGGUCGGUUUAGAUUAGGCGCUGGAAAUUUUGAUGCGUUUUCUUUCCAUUUCCUUGCUGUAUUCGCUGAGUAUGUACAUCUCAUCAUCUCUUUGAGCGAUCAUUAUGUAUUUGUUCCCCAUGAUCACUACCUCCCUGACUAUCGACGCGCAAUAUGUGAC